UUCCAAGUUGCAUACGUACAUAUAAUUGCUUUUUUCUUGGUUUGACGCACAGGCAUGCUGCUUAUAUUCUACUACACAGUGAAAGACGAGUGUUGUUUGUGUAACUAAAUUUAAUCAAUGUCAUUCAAGUAGACAUCCCCAUGCAUACCAAUGCCACUGGACAAUUCUUGGAAAACCAAAUUAAAUCGACCUUGGAGUGAUCACCAAUAAAUAGCCCCGGUAUGAAUCCUACAGGGUUUCAAAGACUUUGGAUUUCUGUCACUUAUGGUGAAGUGUAGACAAUUGUGACAAUGAGAAAGAAGACCAUGAAUGAGAAAAAAAUAGAAAAAGAAUUUUGCAAAACUAACUGUGUGAUAUGUUGGACUGCACUUGGCUCAAAAAAGCAGCUUUUACGUGGCUCUAAGAGCUAUAAGCAUGAAGUCAAGAAAAAGCUUCAAUUACUACUAUCCUCAGAAGAUUUCAAUUCUUUAUAUGAUGAGAAGUUGUUUUCUGAGCCAAGACUUUGCUUACCAUGUUUUUCAACUAUCAAAAAAAUCCCUCAGAAUGUGAUGGAACUCCAAAAAAUUAUUGGAAAACCAAUCAACACUAAUUUGUACAAAAAGAAGAAAAAAGAUUCUGUGAGAAGUGGUGAAAAAGAUGCAUGUUCUCAAAUGAAUUCACUUAAACCACUAACUAAUUCAGAAACAGAAAUUCAUGACCAGCUGAUAUCUUUAAAAAAGAAAGUGAAAACAGAUAUGGAAGAAGCAAGUUCAGUCAGCGCAACUGGAGACUGGGACAAUGAUUGUGAGUCAGUCGGUCAGCAUGUUUCUACAGGAAUAGCCAUUUCACUUCCUAGAGAUGUAAGUCUGGACAAGAAAAUGAAAAAAGCUGUCAAGAUUCCUUGUGGAAAAAAGUUAACACACAGAAAGUGUACAAAGAGAAACUCUUCUCUUCUUGAAGCUGGGGCAGGUCUGUCUACAGGGACGGAAAGGGAGGUUUGUGAUAACAGAUCGCUUUGUCAUGGAGAAGCACAAGAUAAGGGCUCAGUGAGAACAACAAGAAGACUGACGAGGCAGGCGGUGAUGUCUAAUUUCAAAAGAGAUGCUCCUGAAGACACUACGGAUCACUUCUCUUUGGGAAAAAGAAAGAAUGUUAGGACUGUCCAAUCCUGCAAAGUUGUUUCUCAUCAAAACCAUCAUAGGUCUGUUCUUUCGUGUUCAGCAAAUUUGACGAGGAAGAUAAAAGAUAUAACUUUUUCUUCCAAUGGAGAUGAUGUAGACAGUCUGACUGAAAUGAAAGAUACACUUUUCGAUAAAAUUCCACUUGUGCAAUCCUCUGAAGCUGAUUUUGAUGAAGAGGCAGAGAAGGAUACAUCGUCCUUUCCUAUUGUUGCUGAAGGAACCAGCGACAGUUUUGUACAGCCUUAUGUUUGCGAGAUGAAUGGUCGAAAAACACGACUGAGAAGUAAAGAGAGCAAGCAAGAAAAGAAAGACAGUAAACAUUUUCAAAAUAUCAACAUUCCUACUCACCUGAACAAGCAAUCCAAAAAGAAGCUUCAGGAACUUUCCCAGAAGGUGGCAAAGUACAUGGAGACGAGAGACAACUUGAGCCCCAUGCUGAUGCUGCAGUGUUCGGAGAGAGACUGUAAUGAGAAGUACCCGCUAUGGAGACACCUUUCCCUGCACAUCAAGUAUUUCCAUCACAAUGGACAGCCUCUCCCAAAGGAUGAGUUUUCUCAGAAAAUGUCUGUACUGGCAGGUGAACCCGUUGAUGAAAGUAUCUACCCCUUCAAGUGUGAAUACGAUGGUUGCAGUGUCAGAUUUUCUGCCAAGGAAAAAUGUCAGGCCCACCAGUCUUGUCACAACACAGACAUAAGUCAUGUAUGUGGAUACCCUGACUGUGGGAAAGCUUUCCGUACUCUAGCAAACCUGCAGAUCCACCACAGAAUCCACACAGCGGACCGGCCGUACCUGUGCAGUGUUGAAGGCUGUGACAAGUCCUUUAUACACAAGAACGAUCUCAGCAUGCAUCAGCGCAGACACAUGGGAGACAAGCCUCACAAGUGUGAUUUUGAUGGCUGUGACAAAGCAUUCACAACGAGCUCAGAGCUGAAUGGCCACAAGCUGACACAUUCCAAGGAUGCUCUCUACUGUUGUGAUGUCUGUGGCAAGCAAUAUUGCAGCCAGAAGGGCCUCCGAGACCACAAGUUUAAAAUGCAUGGAAUUGGAAAACCAGGUCGCUACAAGUGUCCAUAUGAGGGUUGUGCUGAGAUGUUCCACAAAAAAGAAAUGUAUGAGAUACAUCUGUGUACGCACUCCUCAGAGCAGCUGUUGUGUUGUGAGAAAUGUGGGAAAAGAUUCGGAUGUCAACGCUAUCUUGAUGUCCAUUAUAAAGUUCAUAAGAAAAAUGAGCAACAUGCUUUAAAUCCACCCAAGAGAACUGUUAUUUGUGAAAAAGAAGGAUGUGAGAAAAAGUUUACUUCUCGUUUGCUUAUGAAGCGUCAUGUGAUCAGCGUUCACCAUGGUCGAAAACCAAGACCUUUGCCAGGCGUGUUCUACAAGUGUAAGGUGGAAGGCUGUGGCCGGCAGUUCUCCAUGAGGAGCACACUGUCCCGUCAUGACAAGCUGGUGCACAAAGGAGGGGACUACAGGCACAACAGAGUGGUGGUCCGGUACUCAUGCAGCGAGAAAGGCUGCACCAAGCAGUUCAACAGAAAGAAUCUUUUGGCUGAGCACCUGACAAUGGUGCAUAAGAAAGUCCCAAAGAGGUUACUGCCUGUGCAGUGCAAAGAGCUGGAUUUUGUGGAGCGGUUGUGCGAACACUGUGGGAUGGCAUUGUCUGCGAGUCAGCUUCCUCGUCACCAGAGGGUGUACCACAGUGUCACGAACAAAGGGAACAUGAAAGAGGAAGCUCCCUUUCCUUGUCACUUUAAAGGAUGUGAAGAGAAGUUCGACACUUUGACAGACCGGCAAGCUCAUGUGGUAUCUCACAAAGAUAACCCACCUUAUAAAUGUGAAGUGGAAGACUGCCAGGAGGCCUUUUACCUUCUUAAGAAUCUUGAUAACCAUUUGUGGAAACAUUGCCGGAAACCAUCUAUGUGUGACUUUGAAGGCUGCAGCAGAACCUUUGAGGACCAGCUGUUAUUAGCAAAGCACAGUAAAGUGCAUUAUGAUGGCAGAAUGCUUUGCUCCUGGCGCAACUGUGGCAUAUUCUUCUCCUCGAUGGGUACCUUGAAGCAGCAUCUGAUUGCCCACAGCCGCUCCCUGAAAGCCAGCUUUGGCUCUGACUUCAUGUGCAAUCUUUGUGACAGAGUUUUCAGCAGCAAGCACGGCCUCAAUCGACAUAUGGCGUUGCAUGACUCUCAGGCCACAGUCCCUCUAGAAGACUCCGCUUUUGUGUGUGAAGAGAGUGGCUGUCAUCAGCGCUUCAGUCUGGAGAAAGAUUUCAAUGACCACUUCCUACAGCACUACACCAGCAUGUCUACGACUUGCAAGUACCGCGACUGCCAAAAAAUCUUCCCGACUCAACUUCUCAUGGCAAAGCAUGGAAAGUUUCAUUAUGGAGGUAAAUAUAAAUGUCCGUGGGAAACAUGUGACAGCUUGUUCACGAACUUCCACUUUCUGAAGCGACAUUUGAUGCGGCAUGUUAUCAGCAUUCCUGCGAUGGAUGCUCUGAGGUCGUGGGUGUGUGCCAAGUGCAACAUGACUUUCAAACUAGACAGCAACCUGGCAAGCCACAUGAAGAAGCAUGUGGAAAAAUCUGAGUACGUAUGUCCAGAGUGUGGCAAAAAAUUCCGUCAUAAUCAUUUGAAGCGACACAUGUUGAUUCACAAGAAGGAAAAGGCUCAUGUGUGCAAACACUGCGGAGUGCGUUAUGGAACUGUGAAUGGUUUGCGAUUCCACAUACUAAAAAUUCACAACAUAGGUACUUGGCCUUUUAAAUGCAAUUUCUGCAGCAAAGGUUUUAUCAGUGGCUCUGAGCUUCGUCGGCACAUGCCAUCCCACACCAAAGAGAAACCAUACCCCUGCAAGCAGUGCGGGGCCCAGUUUGCCACCCAUACUGGGCUCAAAGGUCACAUGAGAAAACAUUCAGGUCAAAAGUUUGUGUGUGAUGUGGAGGGCUGUGGAAAGGUGUACACCACCCCUCUAUCUCUCAGAGGACACAAGGCUCAACAUGAAGGCUUUUCCAAAACAUGCGAACACUGUGGCAAGACCUUCAGGAACCCCUACGGACAUAAAUGCAAAGCCAGCAAAGAGGCCAGGAAACAAGGAACUGAUACACAAGGUCAGGGUGAAAUUCCUGUUGUUACUGCCUGCCCAUCAUCAGACCCUCAGCCUGCAGUGUCAACACCGUCCAGUCUCUCUGUACCCCAGCCACAUCUGCCUCAGUAUCAAGCCGCUGCAGCCAUGAAGCUUCUUCCUCCUCUUCCUACUCCUCCUCCUCCUCCUCCUCAUCAAGAUUUGUCAGUGCAGAUAUCUAAGCCGCCCCCACCCCCAUCCCUUCCGCAACCACUCUCACACUCGCUCCUACUACCCCAUCACCACCAUGUAGAUCUGUCCUCUUCUAGUCUCUCUUUACCACUUGCCCCUCCUCCUCCUUCUCUUCCCCCUCUGUCUGUUCCUCCGACUACCCAAAUCGUUCUGCAACAACCCCAUCACCAAACAUUGCUGCACUCCCCACUGCAGCUCCCACGACCUCCAACACAAGCAGGCAUCCGCUCGGGCACGCAUCCAGAGAGAAUGCCACAGAACAAUACAAGAGCUGUCAUCCCCCAAAACACAAGAACUCAGGAUCCUGCUCAACAUGCUGUGCUACUGCAAGCGGCAGUGAUUCAAGGUCAACAGAAUCAGCACAUUCCCACGAACAUGACACGGAGCGUUACCAUGGAGAUUGCUUCCGAUUAUAAUUUCAGUAGUAGCAGUUACAGUGUGAGCUGGGAGGAUCAAAGUGGCAUGUCAUGAGCCUAGAAAUCAUCAGUGUCUCUGUUUUUUCUGUAAAUCAACAAAAUUUAUGUUAUUACUAGAAUGUACCCUCACCUCUGUUUUAAGUAGGAGUCACUCUCGUCUCUGUUUUUACUAUAAUUAACUAGGUCUCUGUUUUAAACUGGUGUCUGUGCUGUAAAAGUUAAGUGCUUCAUUGUCUCGCACAGGAGGCCUGAGUCGAGUGUGAGUCCUAAGUUGAAAGAAUUUUUAGCGAGUGUCUUUGUGUUUCUCUGCUUGGAUGUAAUAUCCCUCUCAGGUUGGGUUGGCUCUGACACACAGGGUCAAAGCCCACCUCCUAACUGAUCUAAAUAGUGUUGAUGGAGGGGGGGGGGGGAACCAACUACAUUGAAAAAAAUGUUUUUACUAAAAAUCAUCUGUCUUGGGUCUCAAUUAAAAUUAUCCUUGUCUCUGCUUUAACUAUAAAUCACCAUCUUCUGUUUUAUGUUUCCUUGUUCUAUCUUUUCCGAAAUUGUGCUCUCAAUAAUAUCAAUAAAUUCACAACUUGUGCUGCUGGAUCUUUUUAAAAAAAAGCUCAAAUGUUUUAAAGAAGUUUUUUCUCUGAAGUUAAACGUUAAUUGUAUGGUGCUAUUUAUUAUUUUCAUAUCUUGGACCACUUUUGUCUCUGAACAGAACUCUUGUUGUUCUUGAGAAAAAAUUUCUGGUACAAUGUGAUUGUUGUAAUGGUGAUGUGGACAUAUUAGACACACCUGUGUUUAGUUAUGGCCAGAAUUUAAUAUGGGCUUUUAAAAAAAGUUUUCGUUACAAUGACACACGAGUGCGGAGAGCGGAGAGGUUAAUUUCGGCUGUGUAUUCUUCGCUCAUGGUGGUUUUACAUGGUAUAGCAUUUCUUGCAAUGCUCAUGGGUGCAUUUCAGUAUAUCUGUGUUCUAGUUUUUCUCAAUGGCAAUAGGUGAUAGGCAUGGGAGAGGUUACAAACUCUGUAAAGUCAUCCUAGAGGCUGGCAUGAUAGGGAAGAUGACUGUAUUCAGAAAAAAAACAUUUGGGAACAAUUUAUGGUGGCGCUAUUAACUGGAAAAUAUACUUUUUUUGCAUCUUUGAUCAGCCUUUUUCAGUAAAAUCCACACGUACAGUAGAGUCCACAAAUCUCAAACAUGAAAAUCAGAUUCUCAGGUAUUUCGAAUAUGAUGUUCAGUCUCGUUUCAGCCCCUAUGUUUUCUUUGUAUUUACUUCAUGGAGUUCCCGAACACCCAGAACACGAAACCCUCGAAUAUCAAAUAAGUGUGAGCCGUGCUGACAAAGUGAGAACUUCUCCGUUUUGAGCCCUAUGGGAAAAAAACAUCCCACUUAUAGGUGAAAUAGGUACAAUUUAUAAGUAUGAAAUAACAAAAGUAAAAGGCUUGUUAAACUUUAAAAAUAUGGCAUCAAUAGGAAAUCUAAAAAUUUGACCCUAAUGUCGAAUUUUGGCCAACAUCUCCAUGUGUGGAUUACGAGAAGUACAUGUAAGUCUUUUUGUCACCACGCCUCGCAAACUCCCUUCGCAUUCUCAACUAAAGACCCGGCUUUACAGCUUUUGUGGCCGCUGGUAGGUAUUACAUUGUUAUUGUGACAGCAAAAAUGUGGUCCUUGUCUCAACACGAGAGGUUGGAGGAAGGGGGGAUGGGGACAGGGAAGGGGGGUCGGGAGUGAUGCUGACCGCACCGCAUGAGUGGCUCGCAUGCGUGCAAUCAUGCUGUGGGACGCGCAUGGUGCGGAUGGCAAGGGCUUUAACUUUCUGUAAGCCAAUGAAAUUAGAAGAAAGGAAUGACAUAGAGUCAGCUGUGCACACAUGAGAUUUUCUGCUUUCCACUUUCUUUCUUCUUGCUUUCACACUGUCAACACGCCAAUCAUGGGAGCUAAUGUUUAAAUUUUUUUACCUCCCUUGAUUUUCUCUUUAUUUCUUUGUAUUUGGGGUUUUCAUUGACAUGAUGAAUUACAGAAAUCUCGAACACAAUUUCUAAUCCCUGACUAAUUCGAGUUACCCAUCUUUAACUGUAUAUGUUUUUAAAUGGACAUGAAAAGUAUUAAGCCCCCCCCCCACCC